AAUAGAUAUCUCAUGUUGCUUCAUACAGAAGUAGUUUUUUAUAUUCCUCGGUUUAUAUUUCCCAGUAUCAAAAUCUUGACCACCAGACUACUGAGCGGCUAUGUACUCCGUACUUCGUAUUCGUACUUACUCAAUACGUAUUACCAGAACCCGGGAACAAACAACCCCACUCUUGCUCCAUCUAUUCCGUCGUCACGGCUGCCUCCGUACACAGCGCUUCCCAUCCCAGGCAGUUAUUAUACAGCGCUCUUCGUCAUCCUACCACAGUUUUAUUUUUCUUCUGACCGCAGAUUUCUCUUGCUUGAGAUCAGGUUACCUUUCUCCUUUUGUCUGCCGCAUAUCGCGCCCAGAUUCGACAUUAGGCCAGUGACAACGUUUGGUUCUGAGAAAGAAAGGGAAAAUGAAUGUACUCAAACUUCAACGAAAGUAUCCACACUUUGAUCAAAGCGAAAUCUUCUCUUUUCAGGAUGCAUUUAGGAAGUUAGAUCCCGAUGAUAAAGGCUAUUUGGAUGAGGCUACUGUUAUCAAAGCUACCCAACAAUCUGAGCGACAACCAUAUGAUGUGGUGCGCCAAGCUCUAAAAGAGGUUGAGCUUGAUAGCUCACGUCGGGUAGAGCUUGAAGACUAUGUGGAUCUUAUCUCCAAACUCCGCUCAGUUUCGUUACAGAGCAAACCGUCUGGUCCUACUCACGCUGCCCAAGGAAACGGAGCAGGCCCGUCUAAGCACGUUUCCAAGGGUAGUGUUGGUGGUAGAAUUCAGGUCCAGGGUUCUUCCGCGAAUGUCACACAUACAAUCAACGAAGAUGAAAGAACCGAGUUCACAAGGCACAUUAAUGCCAUCCUUGCUGGCGAUCCAGAUAUUGGCCAUCUUUUGCCGUUCCCAACAGACACCUUCGAAAUGUUCGAUGAAUGCAAAGAUGGAUUGGUAUUGGCGAAGUUGAUCAACGAUAGCGUUCCCGACACUAUUGAUGAGCGUGUCCUGAACAAGGCCGGGAAAAAGAUCAAGCAACUUAAUGCUUUUCACAUGACUGAAAACAACAACAUCGUUAUCAACUCGGCCAAAGGUAUUGGUUGUUCAGUUGUGAACAUCGGAAGUGGCGAUAUCAUCGAGGUUCGCGAACACCUUAUUCUUGGCCUCAUUUGGCAAAUCAUCCGCCGGGGUCUCUUGGGCAAGAUCGACAUCAAACUCCAUCCAGAGUUGUAUAGACUGCUGGAAGAAGACGAGACCCUGGAACAAUUUUUACGUUUGCCUCCAGAGCAGAUACUGCUUCGUUGGUUCAAUUACCAUCUGAAAAAUGCCAAAUGGGAUAGAAGGGUGACGAACUUCUCCACCGACGUGAAGGAUGGCGAAAAUUACACUGUUCUCCUCAACCAACUGGCGCCUGAUCUUUGCUCGCGAGGGCCGCUCCAAGUUCAAGACCGGCUCCAACGGGCUGAGCAGGUUCUGACGAACGCUGACAAGUUAGGUUGCAGGAAGUUUUUGACUCCAACCUCGCUUGUUGCCGGGAAUCCAAAACUCAAUCUUGCAUUCGUUGCAAACUUGUUCAAUACCUGUCCAGGUCUUGAUCCGAUCACUGAAGAAGAAAAGCUUGAAGUUGAAGACUUUGAUGCUGAAGGUGAAAGAGAGGCCAGGGUUUUCACUCUCUGGUUAAAUUCUUUGGAUGUUCAGCCAGCUGUGAAUUCAUUGUUUGACGAUCUCCAGAACGGGACCGUCCUGCUGCAGGCAUACGAUAAAGUGAUUCCCGGCAGUGUCAACUGGAGGCAUGUGAAUAAGCCACCUGCGUCUGGCGGAGACAUGAUGCGAUUCAAAGCUGUCGAAAACACAAACUACGCUAUCGAACUUGGAAAGCAUAUUGGCUUCUCCCUUGUCGGCGUUCAGGGUGCCGAUAUUACCGAUGGCCAGCGAACACUGACUCUGGGACUGGUGUGGCAAUUGAUGCGAAAAGAUAUCACCAAUACACUUUCGUCCUUGGCGCAACGGAUGGGCAAACGUGAAAUUACAGACACGGAAAUGAUUCGGUGGGCAAACGACAUGUCUCGAAAGGGUGGCAAGGCAUCAACCAUCCGCAGUUUCAAGGAUAAGUCUAUUGGAUCUGGUCUCUUCUUGCUUGAUGUGCUGAGCGGCAUGAAGAGCAGUUAUGUUGAUUAUGAUCUCGUAACUCCGGGCCGGACUGAUGAGGAGGCAUAUGGAAAUGCUAAACUGAGCAUCAGCAUUGCAAGAAAGCUGGGUGCCACCAUCUGGCUGGUUCCUGAAGAUAUCUGUCAGGUCCGCUCUCGUCUGGUGACCACGUUCAUUGGUUCUCUGAUGGCUACCUACGAGAGCAUGCAAUGAAUGGGCACUGUUCAAUCGGGGUCUUUGAUACAUUUGACUGUUAUCAACUUUCAUUCUAGUAAAGUAUAAAGUAUUUGGUUCUUAGUGGUGAAAACUUGCUUCUUCAAUAUAAGGUGCUUUCUCCAAUUGUUACCCUUGGGUCUCAAAAAGUAGUGAGG